AUGAUUCAUCAUGAUCAAGGAUUUAAAUUUCUUAGAGCUGUAAGGGGUUCACCUCCAUAUUUUGAAAAAGCCAAAAAGGAUAUAUUUGCAAUGAUAAGACAAUUAGGACCUGCUUCAUUAUUCUGUAGUUUCUCUUCCGCAGAAACACAAUGGGUUCAUUUACUGAGAAUACUUGGUAAGCUUCUUGAUAACAAAGAAUAUACUGACAAUCAACUUGAGAAUCUCAAUUGGGAAGAGAAAUGCAGAUUAAUUCAGAAUGAUCCAGUGACAUGUGCUAGGCACUUUGAUUAUCAGGUACAAAAAUUUCUACAAAAUUUUCUCUUAACUAACUCUGCACCUCUAGGAAAAAUUGCAGACUGGUUUUACCGAGUUGAAUAUCAACAAAGAGGAUCACCUCAUAUUCAUAUGUUAAUAUGGCUAGAAAGUGCUCCAACAUUUGGUGAAGAUUCUGAUUGUGAUGUUGUCUCAUUUAUUGAUAAAAUUAUCACGUGUGAAAAGCCAACUGAGAAUGCAGAGUUACUUGCACUUGUCAACAGGCAGGUUCAUCGUCAUUCCCACACUUGUAGAAAGAAAUCCAAAAGUGUAUGUCGUUUUAAUUACCCACAACCACCUAUGCGGUCAACUAACAUUUUAUAUCCAUUAGAUGUUGAUAUGGAUGAUAAUGAACAACAUGAAGAUACUUACAAGUUUAUAAAGAAACAUCUGAAUGACAUGAAAGAGGGUGAGGAUAUUACAUUUGAUCAAUUGCUGAUAAAACUUAAACUGACAGAACAAAAUUAUCUGUUAGCUAUUCGAUCCACCCUCAAGGCACCAACUAUAUUUUUAAAAAGGAAACCAAAUGAAUUAAGGAUCAAUAAUUAUAAUGCUGCAUGUCUCAGUGCAUGGCGUGCAAAUAUGGACGUACAGUUUGUACUUGAUGUGUAUGCAUGUGCAAUUUACAUCGUAUUAUAUAUAUCUAAAGCCCAAAAAGGCAUGAGUGAGCUAUUGAGAACAGCUUGUGAAGAAGCAAGGCAGGGGAAUGCUAGUAUUAAGCAACAAGUGAGAGAUAUUGGAAAUAAAUUUUUGAACAAUGUUGAAAUAAGUGCACAAGAAGCAGCUUACAUAGUGCUGCAACUUCCAAUGAGGAAAUCGUCUCGCCAAGUUGUAUUUAUCAACACUUCACCUCCUGAAGAGAGAGUUCAGUUGCUUAAACCAAUGCAAGAAAUUAAUGAUAUGGAAGAUGAUUCUGAUGAGAUCUAUGCAUCUGGGCUAAUAAAGCGUUACACAAAACUACCAGCCAAACUCGAAAAUUUGUCGCUGGCUGAUUGGGCAGCAUGGUACGACGCUUGUGGUAAGCCAUACAUCAAACCAUCUUGUCAACUAGAUAUUGAUAACUAUCCACUUGAGACAAAUUUGGAUAAUAAUGAUGAUUAUGAGGAAAAAGAAAGUGAAAAAAAAAAAUAA